AUGAACUGCUGCGUUUUUAUCCUCCUCCUAUGGGUAGGUAUCGCCCUGGGAGAGCAGCCUGUUAGCCAAACCACCUUCGCCCCAAAGCCUAUUGAACUCGGGGAGACUUCGCCUGCUGGCCCUACAAAAUCCAGGACUGCCCAGAAGUGUCAUAGAUGGCACACCGUCCGGAAGGGAGAUACGUGUCCCAUGGUCGAAGGUACCUAUGGAAUCUCACACAAUCAGUUCCUAGAGUGGAAUCCAUCAGUUCCAAAGGACUGCUCCCAAGGUUUCUGGGUGGGAUAUUCAUACUGCGUUGGAGUGAGCGACCAUCCAGUGUUUGCCACGCCUAUCGAGACGAAUUCUAUAAAUUCGACUACGAUAACCGCGAGCAAAACUACCAUCACAUCAACGUAUUCAAUCAGAAAUCCAGUCACGUCGGAAAGGCUGACUGUCUCACCGGUGAAACGAUAUGGCCGCCGAAAAGGACCCAGCCCGGACAACCUUCAUAUUGCAACAAGUGGUACCUUGUUAGGCCAUCAGUGGAAUAAGGGGCUCGGAGAUGACUGCUCGGGCCUCUAUGUCGGCUGGUGGGUAUGUGUCGGAAUCCAACCCAGGACCUCCUUGAGUCUCUUUUAUCCAGUUGGAUCAACCAUAUCUUAUCCAGAACCUACAAGAUACACGCCAAUGACGACUUCCAUAGACACAGCAGAGUUUACGGCGUCUCCAACCCAGCCAGGCUUCGUACUGGGCUGCCAGAAGUUUUAUCAAGCAAGGCCGGGUGAUACGUGCCCCAAGGUCCUUUCUCAGUUCGGAUAUAUCACUGAACAACAGUUCCUGGGGUGGAAUCCAGCGCUGGGUAAAGAUUGCUCUGGUCUCUGGGCUGGCUACUGGUAUUGUGCUGGGGCUUUUUCUGAAGAGAACUUGCCCCAGCCUCCAACGGUAACAACAACCCCUUCGCCAAUACAAAGGAAUUCUGUGAGCAACUGCGUAGCUUGGUAUCAGAUGACAUUGAGCGAUACUUGUGAAUCUAUAACUAUCAUGUUUGGCGCCUUUUCCAGGGGAGAUUUCAUCUCCUGGAACCCAGCAGUCCAGGAGAAUUGCUCAAAUAUCAAGGUCGGGUACUGGUAUUGCGUUGCAGUGCCGGGAACACCACGAUCCCGGACCAUGUCAGCCCCAGCGAGUCCGACCGCUACUAAUCCGACACAACCAGGAUUCCCAUCGAAUUGCCGUAAGCGUUGGCUUGUUUCUGAGUCGGAAACAUGUAGCAUAAUCCUGAAGUUCACGGGGAUUACUUUAAGUGAUUUUCUCCGGUGGAAUCCAGCAGUGGGAUCCAAGAGUUGCGAUAACCUGCUUCCUGGGUAUGAGCAAUUUCGGGACCAACCUUAA